AUGACAGGUCCAUCUCUGCUCCUGCUCCUGCUCUUCCUGGGCUGCCUCGCCUCCAUCCACGGAUGUGUUAAAGAGCUCCAGAAGGACGUGGAAUUUGACGGAAAGUUUGUUUGCAUGAGGUAUGCUGCAGACGGCGAGCACUGUCAGCAGCUGUGCACGGAGCACGCCGAGUGCCAGUUCUUCUCCUACUACGGAAAACAAACGAACAGAGUGCAAUCCAACUCAAACUCUUACAUUGGAGAACCCACUUCUACAAAACCUUUUGCCGCAGUCACCUCGGGGUAUUCUCUCAAAUCCUGUGCAGCCAAACCAGAGUUCAAUCGGGCAAAGGUCUACACAGAUGUGCUUUUCUACGGGGGAAGGAAUGCCCCCGGGGGCCAGUACCGAUCUCUGUUCACCCCAAAUUACAAAGAGUGUCAGAGAGCCUGCACACACGACCCCAACUGCCAGUACUUCACCUGGAAGAAUGAGAAGUUUGAACCAAAGGAGAAAAGGCGCAAUUGUGAACUCAAGAAAAAUCUGAAGGAGAUUGUGACCAAAUUCGACCGAAGAGACAGAUCUGGACUGCCCUCACGCCACUGCCAACAGGACACGACUGGGGGAGCUGGGGUCUGGAGCUGGGGUCUGGAGCUGGAGCUGGAGCUGGAGCUGGAGCUGGAGCUGGAGCUGGGGUCUGGAGCUGGAGCUGGAGCUGGAGCUGGGGUCUGGAGCUGGGGUCUGGAGCUGGAGCUGGAGCUGGAGCUGGAGCUGGGGUCUGGAGCUGGAGCUGGGGUCUGGGCUGGAGCUGGGGUCUGGAGCUGGAGCUGGAGCUGGAGCUGGGGUCUGGAGCUGGGGUCUGGAGCUGGAGCUGGAGCUGGAGCUGGAGCUGGGGUCUGGAGCUGGGGUCUGGAGCUGGAGCUGGAGCUGGAGCUGGAGCUGGAGCUGGAGCUGGAGCUGGGGUCUGGAGCUGGAGCUGGGGUCUGGGCUGGAGCUGGGGUCUGGAGCUGGAGCUGGGGUCUGGAGCUGGAGCUGGGGUCUGGAGCUGGAGCUGGAGCUGGAGCUGGGGUCUGGAGCUGGAGCUGGGGUCUGGAGCUGGAGCUGGAGCUGGAGCUGGGCUCCAGACCCGAGCUCCAGCUCCAGACCCGAGCUCCAGCUCCAGACCCCAGCUCCAGCUCCAGACCCCAGCUCCAGACCCCAGCUCCAGACCCGAGCUCCAGCUCCAGACCCCAGCUCCAGCUCCAGACCCCAGCUCCAGCUCCAGACCCCAGCUCCAGACCCCAGCUCCAGCUCCAGACCCGGUUUACAUAA